AUGUCCGGAGACAAGGAACAAACCUUCAUCAUGAUCAAGCCCGACGGAGUCCAGCGGGGACUUGUGGGCGAGAUUGUUAAGCGAUUCGAGCAGAAGGGCUUCAAACUGGUGGCCAUGAAGUUUAUGUGGGCGGAUGAAGCCCUUCUUAAGAAGCACUAUGAAGAUUUGGCUGGACGACCAUUCUUCAAUGGACUUGUCAAGUAUAUGGCUUCCGGUCCAGUUGUUCCAAUGGUCUGGGAAGGACUUAACGUUGUCAAGAUGGGACGAAUGAUGUUGGGAGAGACCGACCCAGCCAAAUCCCUUCCAGGGUCCAUCCGAGGGGACUUUUCUAUCCAAGUUGGACGUAACAUUAUCCACGGAUCCGACGCUGUCGACUCCGCCAAGAAAGAAAUUAACUUGUGGUUCAAACCCGAGGAACAAAUUAAAUGGAAGUCCGUUGAAGACCCAUGGUUGUACGAGUAA